CAGUUGACACUUGACUGUGAAAUUUUGAAGUAACUAUAAAAUUUAAGGUUAUGGUUGAAGUUGUAGUUAUAAACUUUUAAAUUUAAUUAAUAGCUAGUUGAACUUUUUCAAUCUAAUAAGACAAAUAGUAUUACUGGAGUGAAUCCAAAUGUAUUCCAACAUAGUUGCAUCGAGACAGUGGGCUCGACUGGCUUGUUUCUGCCGUUAUGUAUCUACGAUAGAAGGGCAGACGCUCCCGCAGGCAGGGAAGUCAAGUGACGGAAUUUCACCUCCUCCGCGCAUCAGCAGAAGUCCUACAGAUAUAUUGCAAGCUUUAGCCGCAACAGUUGGCACUGACCCUACCGCAGCACAUUACAAAUAUCAUGAUGAUCCAUAUUUAAUCCCUCAAUCAAACUAUCGUAAGAGAGCAUACGCUUUGUCAGCGGAGGCAGGAAGGAAAGCAGCAGCAUGGAUAAGAGAUGAGCAUGCAGAAUUGUUUACAAUGAGGGAAUGGGACCCACCUAUGAAGAUGAAGACACCAUACUUUAAUGCUGAUCCACAGAUUGAAGCAUUCGCUCCUAAACCUAUUUAUAAUGAUGAAAGUAAGGUAACAGAAGAAGACUUAAGAUACACAAUCGAAAAUGCACUUCUAGAAGAUUCAAUUAAAGUGUUUGAGCUUCUUGGUGGAGUUAACAAUUUAGAUGAUCAGCUGAAGCUGUCUCUAUUGCAAUUGUUGUGCUUUUAUAAUGAGAAAGAACCAGUUUCUAUGGAGUGGGUAGAGGAGAGAUGGUUUUCGGCUGCAACAAGGGACAGACAUGCUGCAACAUGGAGAGUCGGUGGUCUUGCUGAAAAAAUCUUCACAGCUAUGGAUCCCAAAACCCCGGAAGCAUACUGCUGUAUAAUACAAGGAAUGGCUAAAUAUUUUCAGGCAGAGCGAGCUCAUGUUUUUGCACAAGAGGCGAGGGAAAAAGGCAUACAGCUAUCUACAACCGUUUAUAAUUCGCUGUUGGGCUGCGUUGGGUUCCUGAAAGAAGGGGUUAAUCUACGAAUUGAGGCGCUAAAAGGUUUAUUGCAUGAAAUGAAUGAACAAGGAUUGUCACCAAACUCCGAGACAAUGUCUGCAUGUCUUAGGUCCAUAUCGUCCUGGGGCGGCGGUAAAAUGCUGCAAACGACAGCUCUGCAGAUUGUAUCCGAGUUUAGACUACUGGGCAUCGAGCCCACCCUAUCCGCAUAUUACUAUCUGCUGUGCUUGUUUUGUAAAGAACAGGGCCCACGUAUCGACAUCCUCACAAAUAUAAUAGCGGAUCUAGAAAAGAGGGAAUCCAUAAAAGCAACUCAAGCAACUGAUACUAACUUCUUCAUUACUGCCAUGGGAGUUUGCAGUGAUCAUUUACAGGAUGUUAACCUAGCGGAGCGGGUACACGCCUUACUGAUGAAAGAUGACAACUACCAGUUAGUGGGCGAUGCAUACAAAGAGAGCAUUUACUACAGGCACCUUGUCACCGUUUCUUGCAAGUAUGCUCCUUUCGAGAAAACAACAGAAUUAUUGGACACUCUGGUGCCUAAUAUUUAUGUUCCGGAGCCGACUGUGAUGGAGGAGAUAAUAAGGACAUUGGAAGUGGGAGGAGCUGGGGCUAGAUUGGCGGAAGCCUGGUCUCAACUGGUGGUGUUCGGGCAUGCAAAGCGCAUCAAGCUUGUUGAAAAAUUACUCUCGGCAUUCUGCAAUUGUUACUCAUAUCAAGAGGAAGAAGUAAAAGCGAUGAUACGCAACGCGGCUGCAGAUAUAUUGAAAUACGGGCAACUUAUGGAAGAAAGAGAGGAAAACAGUGAUCGGCGCUCACCAUCUCAGAAACUAUCAGCAACCGCGCUAGCAAACAUAGUAGAGCUGUGUUCGGAUACAUCAGACAUAUUAGACCCCAACUGGAAUAUAGUAGAAGACGCGAUACAGCGUUUAAAGAACGAGCAAGCCGCAGGUGUGCCCGCAAAACCACAAGUGCUAGCGGACGUCGCUCAAAAAGCCGCAACUGUUGGCAAACCCGAAUUGGCUGCCCUCGCAGUAAACUACCUAGCGGAAUGUGGUUUCGAAGAAGCAACUUCGGCUAGCCUCAAAACUUUAGGCGUGAUGCUGAACCGUCCCGUUGAAGAAGUCGAAACGUUACUGCAAGAGCAGAAAUCUUCCCUCGCCACGUCACUCCACCCUUCUGCAUUGGCUGUGGCUCAGGCGUAUCACAUAGCCAAAUCAGGAGCAACGUUACGAGACUCUGAAUCCUCCACGAGUUCGGAAAGCGACAGCGAAUCGUCAUCUGACAGUGAAUAGUCAAUGUGUUAGUCAUAUUAUUUAGUUUAUAUAGUAUUAAUAAAUUGCAUUUAGUUAUA